GGUUUGAUCCCAUUUUGAGCACAAAUUGGCGACAAAUUGAGUGUUUGUGAGACCAUUGAGUCUAUGGAAGGCGUGGCCUAAAGAACCGCCACUUCAUCGGGACUUAAGAUGAAAGCGUGACUAAUAUGGCCGACAAUGCCGUCAAUUCUUUGCGAAAUAUGAUAAUGUCUUUCCGUGUGGCGGAACUCCAGAUGUUAUUGGGUUUCGCCGGCAAACAGAAGUGUGGAAAGAAGAACGAACUCCAGGCACAGGCACUGGAACUGCUGAAGGGCAGGGCACUGACCACUUCCGUGCAGAAUAAGAUCAAAGAACUCCAUCGCCAGAGGUAUAAUAAUCUGAGUUAUCUCUCCAACACUGUGGGCAACAGUUCCGACAGUUGUGACAGCGAUAUGGCCGCCAAUUAUGUCCAUCAAGUGACCACGAGGUCGGCCACCAAUCAGUCCCAUCACGGCUUGCAUUCAAUGUCUUCGCAGCCGUCGAGCGGACAUCUGCUCAACGCCUCGAAUGGCAGUCAUAUGAGUCAUAAACAGCGGACCGAUUACUACCAGUCGAUGCCUCGCGGAUUAGGUCUCGAAUACCCGCCCAAACCCUACCAAUCCAUGCAGUCAUCCAUGCAGUCAUCGAUGCCUCCCAUGCAAUACCCCGUAUAUCCGGACGUUGUCUUCAAAUCGUUGCCUUUUUAUGACAUUUUAGGCGAUCUCUUGAAGCCCUCGAGUUUGAUGCCAACAGUGCCCGGGUCACGGUUCCAGGAAAGUAUGUUCACAUUCCACUUGACGCCACAACAGGCCAACGACGUGGCCAUGUCUCGGGAGGUGACCCCCGGACCCAAAGUGGACUACACGGUGCAGUUGCAGCUGAGGUUCUGUCUGAACGAAACGACGUGCGAACAGGAGGACAACUUCCCGCCCAGUAUUUGCGUCAAAAUAUCCAUCUCAUGGGCGGCCGAUUACAACCGUCCCUAUGCUAUCGGCGUGUUUUUGGUCCGCAAACUCACGUCACAGACACUCCUCCAGAGAAUCAAACAGAAAGGGGUUCGCAAUUCAGAUCACACCAGAGCUAUGAUCAAAGAGAAGCUGUCACACGAUCCCGACUCUGAGAUCGCAACCAUGAGCUUAAGGGGUUCACUACUCUGUCCGUUGGGCAAAAUGCGAAUUCAGAUCCCUUGCCGUGCAAUCACCUGCGCUCACGUCCAGUGUUUCGAUGCGUUACUGUAUUUACAAAUGAAUGAGAAGAAGCCGACGUGGGUCUGUCCCGUCUGCGAUAAACCGGCCGUUUUCGCCAAUCUGGCCAUCGAUGGGCUGUUCAAUGAGAUUAUAAAGGACGCGCCCACUUCUUGCAAUGAAGUCCAGUUCCAUGAGGACGGCUCCUGGACUCCAGUCGUCGCUAAGAAGGAGAAUAGUUGUGAGACAUUGGGCUCCGGCUCGAGACGGACCAAGAAUAAGAGGGAGACCUGUGAGUACUCAUUGAUUGCACCUGAAAGAGCGCCUCCGAAGAAGCCUAAGAUCGACGUAAUAACCAUCGAAUCGAGUGAUGAGGAGGACGACGACACAAUCAAAUGCUCGUCAAACCCGCCGCCAUCUACGCCAGUGCUGUCGUCCGGAUCUGGUUCUGAAUCAGACACUCCUAAUCACAUGCAAUCACUUCCAUCGCCCGACUCUUCGAGUUCCGCUUCGAGCAAUAUUCAGCCGAUUGCCUCCAACUCCGGGAACUCACUCAUCACUUCAUACUUCUCAACAGUCAAUACGCCGACCACACAGUCGGUCAGUUCCGGCGCUAACAACAGAUCGACACUCCCCUCCUCUUUAAGCGUGUCAUCCAUGGCUAGUAGUGGCCGCUCGUCCACCGCCAGCGCCUAUACAAGUGUUCCACUCCUUAACCAAUACUACUCUUCAUUCCCUGAUUUUCUCAAUUCGGGAAACAAUUCUCUGUUCAACUAUUCAAACGUCGACAUGUCCUCUGCUUUUGACCAUCUCUUUCGACAGGACAGAGAGGUCCCCAACUACUCUAGAGGAAGGCCCGCUGAUUCAGAUCCCGACAUCAUUUCAAUUGAUUGAUUCUCAUUGCCAUUCAUAGCUCACGUAAAUUCAUUCAUUUAUUGUUUGUAAAGUCAUCAUUGAUUUUGAUUGUGAC